AUGCCAGGUCUUGGUACAUGGCGUUCGGAUCCUGGUCAAGUACAAGAAAUUGUAAAACAAGCAAUACUUCAUGGUUAUAGACACAUUGAUGGAGCAUGGAUAUACGGAAAUGAAGCUGAAAUUGGCAAUGGUAUAAAAGAAGCAAUCGCUGAAAGUAAAGGUCACAUUAAACGUGAGGACAUCUUUAUCACAACGAAAAUAUGGAAUCAGUAUCAUAAACCCGACGAUGCUGAAUGGGCAGUUCGAGAUAGUUUAAAUAAAUUAAAAUUAGAUUAUGUUGAUUUAGUCUUAAUUCAUUGGCCAAUUGCAUUUAAAAAAAUAAAAGAAAAUAGAUGGAGUCAAAGUGAAGAUAAAAAAGAACGAUAUUAUGAAGAAAGUAUUUCAUUAGAACAAACAUGGGAAGGUCUCGAGAAACUUGUUGAAAAAAAAUUAACACAUUCCAUUGGUUUAUCCAAUUUUAAUUCAUCUGAAAUUGAACGAAUUUUAAAAGUUGCUAAAAUAAAACCGGUUACAAAUCAAAUUGAACUACAUCCCUAUUUGAAUCAAAAAGAGUUGAGAGAUUAUUGUCAUCAACACCAAAUUACUAUCACUAGUUAUUGCCCAUUAUCAAAUUUAAAACGUGAAGGUGAUUCUGUAACGGCUCUUAAUGAUCCAGUUAUUGAAGCAUUAGGAAAAAAAUAUAAUAAAACGUCAGCACAAAUCAUCAUUCGUUGGCAUUUACAACAUGGUCUCAUUGUUAUUCCAAAAACCGUGACGCCUCAACGAUUAAUUGAAAAUGCGGAUGUUUUCGAUUUUGAAUUAACGACAGAUGAUGUUAAUAGUAUUGAUAAAAUGGGUGAAAAAAAUCUAAGAUUUAUCAAUCCAGCGUUUAAGCCAGGCAAUAAAGGAAUGUUUGAUUAG